UGCCUUUACAGUCAGAACUCAGAAUCAGAAUCUCAAUCAAGAAAUCGCUUUCUAAGGUUCGCACUUCAAUACAUUUUACCAUAAACGGUCAUUGAAGAGGAACCAUAUUCUUUCCUCCACCUUCAAAAUCUCCCACCGGAAUUCCUUUAUAUCUUCAAUUCUGCAUGCACCAUCCCAUCGCCAGUGAAAAAUAUUCACCAUAAUUGGAAAAAAAAUCUGAUCUUUAUUCCUGUGACUCGUUCCUUUCUUGACGUCAUUCGCACAUCGUAGAAAGUUACAAUUUCCGCCAGGGAAAGUGGAAAAAAUCCAGUUCUUUGAUUUUUUCUUUUUUUGGGUCCUUUCAAUCGAUGGCCCCUUUUCUGUAAGAACCCAGUUUAGAGGUUUGCUAAUGGUUUCUACCAUUCAAUACAGACAAAGAAAACCGACUUUUUUUUCUCAAUUCCUACUGAAUUUUCAACAUUACGUUCCGAUUUCAUUCCUUAACCGGCGUGAGCAUGGUAACCCAGAAUCAGGAACCCAAUUGCCUAGUCGUCGGCAAUUAUUGUCACGACGUUCUGAUCAAAGACGACGCCGUCCUAGCUGAAUCCCUCGGCGGCGCCGUUUCUUUCAUCUCCGCCGUCCUCGAUGGCCUCUCCGUUCCAUCCCAAUACGUGGCUAAAGUAGGGUCCGACUUCGCCUACCCGGUUAAUCACCGACCCAUGUCGAUUCCCUCCUCAAAAACCACUCUUUUCCAUGCCUAUUUCUCAUCGGAAAUCAAGCUCCAGGAUCGGGUCCUCAAACGGGUCACCGCGUGUGAACCGAUUUUCGAUUCGGAUCUUUCUUCGAACGCUAAAUUCAAUUUCGGGAUGGCCGUCGGAGUCGGGGGAGAGAUUUUGCCCGAAACGUUAGAGAAAAUGAUAGACUUGUGUAAUUUAGUUUUGGUCGACAUUCAAGCUUUGAUUCGGGUGUUUGAUGAUGCGGAUGGAAAAGUUAGGCAAGUUGACUUGAAAGAGACGGAGUUUUACCGGUUAUUGCCGAAAAUCGGAGUCUUGAAGGCUUCUUCUGAGGAGGCGCCCUACGUGGAUGUGGAAGAGGCCAGGAAAUGGUGUUGUGUGGUGGUUACAAAUGGGAAAGACGGGUGCACCGUAUAUUGGAAGGAUGGUGAGCUGCAGAUUGCGCCUUUUCCAACAGUUCAAGUUGACCCCACAGGGGCUGGUGAUAGCUUUUUAGGAGGUUUUGUAGCAGGGCUUGUUCAUGGCUUGUCUGUCCCUGAUGCUGCAUUGUUAGGGAACUUUUUCGGAUCACUUACUGUUGGGCAACUUGGGCUUCCGAAAUUCGAUUUGAGGAUAUUGCAGAGUGUGAAGAAUGAGUUAGAUAGGAGGAGCUUAGAUUUUCCCGGGUUCCCCAAGAGGCAAGACAAUAUGCUCAAGUUUGCAAAGUCAUCGGAUCAUGAACAGUUCCAUAACGCACUCAGUGCAGCAAAAGUAGUUUCUGCCAACCCUGUGGACAAUAGUUUUUGGAGCUUGUCCGGUUCUCCUAGAGCAGUAGGGGAGCAGCAUGGCCAUCAUCACUCCAACGGUCAUCAAAAUGUGUUAGUGAACAGUGUUUAUGAAGCACCAAUUAAAUCUGCCGAUACUUGACACUCUCGCAGAAGGGUGAUAAUUCCCUUCUCUGAACUUUCUGUCCUCACUGCAGGAAAUAGAUCUGGUUAUAAUUCUCCUAAAAAAAGGAUUCGUUGAUACAAAUAUCAUAACUGGUCUCCCCGCAAAUAGGGUGCCUUUCCUCUUCUCCUCUUCCUUUUAGUUAGUGCCUGCAAUCCCUUAAAUAGGAAAGAAGCCUUCAAAAGUAGAAGAUCAUGAAAUGACUUCCCUUUAUGUAUCCCGUGAAUGGAAGUUAGAGAUGACCAUGUAAAACUAGGCCACAAAUAAAGAUAGUUUGAUCUGCCAUAGAGCUAAAGCAAAAUGUUAUGUAACGGUUUUAAUUUCAACUUUGGUGACCAACCUAUUUAGGAUGAAACGAAGUCCCUAUAUCACGAUCCACAAUCUCGUUUGAAUGAGACUAUGUGUUUGAAUGAGAUUAUGUGAUGUAGCAACGUCCCAAACAUUUGGGAAAUCGCCCAUCGGCUUAGUGCGAGCCCUUGAGGAAAAAGAGAAACAUGUCUGGCAUUGUGUGAUUGUGUCAUUAUUCAAUCACAAUAGUUACAUCUUACCACUUGGUAGGGAGGGAAGGAUUGUGUGAUUCAUGGCUUGCGGGCAUUAAUGGGUUUUAACACCUACAUGUUGCUUCAUUCUUUAGCAAUUUUUUUGGUUGUUGACGCUAGUUUGUACUACUUGUAGCUGAAAAUGGGCCGCCUACCGUACUUCUUACGUGCUUCC